UCACUUUUGAUACUUAUUGACCAUUUCUUUAGCUGGCAGAUCUUGGCUCUUCUGUAGAAAGUGGUGUGCCUGCAAAAAUUCCAGUAACAGUUAAAGACUUUAAAGAUACUGUUCAUUAUAUAAAUGUUGAUUUUAAUUUUCAUCUGAAAACAUUAUGAUCAGCAUACUUGUGCCAGAUUGAAAUGAAGAACAAGAUGGUUGAGGAUUUCAUUCGUAUUAUUUAAGCAAUUCCUGAAAUCAUUGUUGCCUUUAACUAUCUACUAAAAUGGUUCAAAGGCAUUACUAUCUUUACUUAAUUUUGUUGUGCACUGGUCAGUUCAGUGUUGUUGAUGGUACAAAGCUACUUCCCAGUGUAAAUCAGCAACACUUUGUAAAUAUUCUGCAGUCUGGAAAACCUUCUUUGAUAUACUUCAAAAGAAUAACAAACCCAUCAGUCAGCCUUUUCCUUCAACAGUUAGAACAGUCAUCAGAAUCACUUGAGGAGUAUGGCAUUACAGUGGCUCAGGUCGACUGCACCAUAGAAAACGUGCCAAAAUAUUGUGAAAAUAACCUUGUCCUGAAGGAAGCCUACCUUUUCCGGGGUAAUAUAUUGCUUAGGAGCUUUGCAGUUGAUACAUUAUUUGAUGUGGAUGCAAUUGUUGCAAACAUUCUAUUUGUCUUGCUGUUCAAUGAAAUAAAGUAUGUAUCCUCAUCGGUGGAGCUCCAUGACAUUGAAAAUGAAAUGAAAGGACGAGGCGAUGUCAUUAUUACAUUUGUACGAGCAAUAGGCGUUCCAGAGCAUAGAGCCAUAAUGGAAACGGCUUUUGUUUACGGUGCCAAGUAUCAGUUCGUACUAACCACAGAACAAAGUGUUUUGGAGGACCUAGAGUUGGAGGAUUCAGAUAAACUUUCAGCAAGACUUUGGUUCUGUCAUUGCAAGAUGGUCUUAGGCAGAACUCAGCCCUGCAAGAGGUCCUUGUUUGAACAGCCGCUAACUGCAGUUAAUAUACAUUCCUACCUGAAAGUGCUGGAGGCUCCGCUUGUGAUGGAAUUAUCUGUGGGACCAGAAGAAGUUUCUACAGUUCAUAUGCAGUUAAAAAUGCCAGUUGUAUUUCUGUUUACACAAAGAGAGACAUAUGAACAAGACCGGCAAACUGCGGAAUCUGUAGCCUGGCAGCUACUCGGAAAAGCAGGAGUGGUUUUAGUACCAAGGGCCCAGCUGCAGUCUCGUGUGGCCGACGAUGUUACUGUAGGCCUCAGACCUGCUGGAGGAGAUUCAACCAUCAGCUAUUUAGUUAUAACAUCUGUUGAAGAAAUUAUUGAUCUCAUCAAAAGUGAAGGAAAAGAUGUACCAACCACACAAAACGAUAAUGAAGAGGAAAGUGAAGAACUGGAUUUCCGAGGUGUUCAGGAUGAUGAAGUAGCAGAGACUAUCUUCCAAAACACAUGGAGAGAGCUUGAUGUGGACUUAAUUCUAGCGCUAACAGACAAAAGUUUUCCUCGAAUUUUGCUGGAAACUUCCCAUGUUGUGGUGCUCUUCUAUACUGCUUGGGAUGCUGUAUCGAUGGUAUUUUUGAAAUCCUAUCUGGAGGUUUCUACCAGACUUGCAGAUCUCAAGGACCUUUUGAUGGCUCGUGUUAAUUGUGGAGAUUGGCCAGAGGUCUGCUCAACUGAGAAUGCCACACAGUUGCCUGCUGUAAAACUGUAUAGUCUGGGCAAAUACCCUUUAUUCUACACUGGAAUGUUGGGAGCACAAAGUCUGCUAGAAUUCAUUAUGCUGAGCAGAAUAGUUAAUCCUGUCCAGUUAACAACAACAGAAGAUGUUGAAGCCUUUCUAAAUGGAGAAUCGCAAGAUGAUCUCAAACCCUAUCAGCACCUUUCCGUUGUAGGAUUGUUCAAUCCAGAAAUGGAAAAAGAGAUUGAUGCCUUCACUAAAGCAGCUAAUACCCUGAGGGGCUCUGUGAUCCCCGGAAGUUAUGUCGGAAAUGAUAAUCCAUAUCUCUCCCAGCAGUUUGGUGUGGCACCACCAGCUCUUGUGUUUGCGAGGCAAGAAAAGUCUCACCUAGGUGUUCAGCUUGAGGAAUCUAACACUGACGUUAUUGUAUCUGCAAUCAGAAGUUCCAUGUUGGAAACGUUUCCUGAACUCACAGUGGAAAAUCUCCCCUUCUACUUCCAACCACUGAAACCAUUGCUCAUUCUAUUUAUCGAUAAUGAUGACGGCAUAACCAUGAAAACCAAGGAAGAACUUGCGGAGUUUACCAAAUUAAGUAUGCAGAUUUAUAUCACGUGCUGGAUUGAUCUGCGAAAGACGCAAGUUGGAAAAGAGAUCCUUCAAAUAUACUUGAACUACCUCCCGCAGCUACCAGCACUUAUCUUAGUGAAACUGAGCUCUGGAAGCCCUGUGUUUGCAUUUCCAGAAGAUCAGGUUAUUUCAAGAGUGAAUGUGCUUUCCUGGUUAAAGAAGGUGCAGCUGGGACUGGAGCAACCCAACAAUGUGCUCGAGGAUAAGAAGUGGACACCCCCACAAGCUGCUUAUGACUUCCUGGCCAUGAUGGAUGCUGUACGUCCUGGAUUUGCAAAGCAGAGGACACCCGACUCUGCAAAGCGGGAUGAUGCCAAUGAGGGGGAAGGCGAGGCAGAGGUGACAAGCGGUGUCGAUGAGGCGAAGGAUCGCAUAGAAUCUGCUGCUGAGCCUGAAAGAGAGACCUUGCCUGAGACACUGAACAGACCUACAGUUCAGGACAACAAGAUGCAGCAGAAGGUUCACAGUGAACUCUGAUAUGAAAGCAGACUUUACCUCUGUUCUCAGGGCAUUAUCCAGCAUCAUUGUUCUUCCUGUCUGACAGAUAAUACAACAUGGCAAAGCAAUAAAUCACUACAAGAAGACAUUGGAUGAUAAACUUGAUUUAAACCUGCAAAACGCUUCAGUCUAAACCAUGCAAAGAAACUCCGGUCAUUUCCAUUCAGGAUAAUGUUAUUUCCUUAAUUAAACAAUUCAGAUUUCCUUUUGCAACAUAUGUGCGUGUAUAGGAAGACAAAUAAUACUGUUGGUGUUGGAAUCUGAAACAGACAGAAACAGAAAUGCUGGAAGAACUUAGGCAGUUAAGCAGCAUCUGCAGAAAGAGAAACGAGUCAACAUUUUGGGUCAGUGACCUUCGUGAACUGGAAGGGGAGGUGGAGAGCGUACAGUUUAAAGUCAGAGCAAGGUGCAAGACAAAAGACCAUAUGGUGGCAGGUUAAAGCAGAUCAGGUGAUAAGAAGCAACAGUAUUGACGCAAGUGUUUCAUUGUUAUAUGCACUGGGUUACAGAAUAAUGCAAUUAUUAACUCUUUCAAUUUUACAGGCCCAUUUUGAAGCAAAAACACACAGAUAAAUGUACAAGAAUUAAUAUUACAAUAAAUUAAUAAUCAGUAAUCCAAGUACUGCCUCACAGCGGAGAGACCUGGAUUCGAUCCUGACCUCGGGUGCUGUCUUUGUGUGGAGUUUGCAAGUUCUCCCUGUGACCUCAUGAAUUUCCUCUGGGUGCUCCUGUCUCCUCCCACAUGCCUAAAAAGUGCAGAAUUGCAGGCUAAUUGCCCUCUGUAAAAUUCCCUGAGUGUGCAGGGACUGGUUGCAAAAGUGGGAUAACAGAACUAGUGGGAAUGGGUGAUCGCUGGUCAGUGUGGAUUCGAGGGGCCGUUGGGCCUAUUUCCCUGCUGUAUCCAAACUAAACUGAGACAUGAAAGGAAAUACCUCUUCAAGUAAUCAGACCAUAGUCGUGCAAAAAACAAAAUCCAUAGUGCAAACAAAACAAGCCCAUGGUAGAUUGUUGCAGAGGUAGGGCUGUGCCUUAGCGUUGUGCAAUGCUCAAGAGCUUUGGGAAGAAGUUAGAGUUCACGGUUCUCAGGCUCCUGACACUCUGACGAUACUUAAAAAUGUCUUGCCAUUACCUGAUCUGUCCUCAUCCAUUUCCAUAUAGUCUUUGUGUGUACAUGCACCAGUCAAUAUCAAUGAUGCCAAACUGGAGCUGGUUAACAGGAUCAGUUCCUCGGCAUAAAUAUCUCCAACAAUUCAUUCUGGACCAACCACACUGAAGCCGUGGCCAAGAAGUACAUGAAC